UUCCGGCAGCAACCGCAUCGCAUGAAAACUCACCUGAGAGAAGCUAAUCCCCACACUCACUCACUCCCUCACUCAGCAUCCCAUAACAUAAACACCAUGACCAUCUCCAUCUUUGGCAUCUAAUCCAAUCCAAGACUCAAUGAAGAACCUAAACGUGAAUCGGCACUUGAGCAUCCUCGCCUCCAUCACCCCCUCCCCCACCGAAUCCCAGAUCCUCCACCACUGCAAGCUCGGCGCCGUCUCCCAGGCCCUCACCCUCCUAAACUCCGAAGCCCAGGCCCAAGCCCAACCCCAAGCCCAGACCCUGAACCCCGCUCUGAAGCCCGUCUUCUACGCCUCCCUCCUCCAAGCCUGCACCAAAACCCAGUCCUUCACCCACGGCACCCACCUCCACGCCCACGUCCUCAAGUCGGGCCUCCUCGCGGACCGCUUCGUGGCCAACAGCCUCCUCUCUCUCUACUUCAAGCUCUCCCCGCACCUCUCCCAGGCCCGCACCCUCUUCGACGCGCUCUCCGUCAAAGACGUCAUCGCCUGGACCUCCAUCAUCUCGGGCUACGUCCAAAAAGCCCAGCCCAUCGACGCCAUCCGCCUCUUCCUCCAAAUGCUGGGCCAAGGCGUCCAGCCCAACGCCUUCACCCUCUCCUCCAUCCUCAAAGCCUGCUCCCAGCUCCAACACCUCCCCCUCGGGAGUUCCCUCCACGGAACCAUCACCACGCGCGGCUUCGCCUCCAACCGCGUCAUCGCGUGCGCGUUGAUCGACAUGUACGGCAGGGCGCGCGUGCUGGAGGGCGCGCGGAGGGUGUUCGACGAAUUGCCGCAACCGGACCCCGUGUGUUGGACGGCGGUUAUCUCAACGUUGGCGCGUAACGACAGGUUCAGCGACGCGGUGGGGUUGUUUUGGGCCAUGCAUGAUGGGGGUUUGGGGUUGGAGGCUGAUGGGUUCACGUUGGGGACUUUGCUGAACUCGUGUGGGAACUUGGGGUGGUUGAGGAUGGGGAAAGAGGUGCAUGGGAAGGUUGUUACUUUGGGGAUGUGUGGGAAUGUGGUUGUGGAGAGUAGUUUGUUGGAUAUGUAUGGGAAGUGUGGUGAUGUUGGGUGUGCCAAGUUUGUGUUUGAUGGGUUGGAGGGGAGGAAUUGGGUGUCUUGGACUGCUAUGCUUGGGGUGUAUUGUCACAAUGGUGAAUUUGAGAGUGUGCUUGGGCUUGUUAGGGAGUGGGGGGUGGCGGAUGUUUAUAGUUUUGCUACGAUUCUUCGUGGGUGUUCGGGUUUGGCAGCGGCCAGGCAGGGGAAGGAGGUGCAUUGUCAGUAUGUGAGGAAGGGUGGGUGGAGGGAUGUGGUGGUGGAGUCUGCUUUGGUUGAUUUGUAUGCCAAGUGUGGGAGUGUGGAUUUUGCUCACAGGUUGUUUAUGAGGAUGGAGGAGAGGAAUUUGAUCACGUGGAACGCCAUGAUCGGCGGGUUUGCGAAGAACGGGAGAGGGGAGGAGGCGGUGGAGUUGUUUGAGGAGAUGGUGAGGGAGGGGAUGAGGCCGGAUGGUAUAAGUUUUGUGAAUGUUCUCUUUGCGUGUAGUCAUAAUGGUUUGGUUGAUCAGGGGAAGAGGUAUUUUGAUUUGAUGAGGAUGGAGUAUGGGAUUAGGCCUGGGGUGGUGCACUACACUUGCAUGGUUGAUCUUCUGGGAAGGGCUGAGUUGAUUGAGGAGGCUGAGAGUUUGUUGGAGAGUGCUGACUGCAGGUAUGAUCACUCGCUUUGGGCGGUUCUGCUUGGAGCCUGCACCAAGUGUUCGGACUAUGUCACGGCCGAGCGUGUUGCAAAGAAGAUGAUUCAGCUGGAGCCUGAGUUCCAUCUGAGUUAUGUUCUGCUUGGUAACAUUUAUAGAUCGGUUGGCAGGUGGAAUGAGGCUCUGGAGAUCAGGAAGUUGAUGGAGGAAAGAGGGGUUAAGAAGAUGCCUGGCAAGAGCUGGGUUGAGAGUGAGAAGAAGCAAAAGGGUUCUCCUGGAUUUGAUUUCAGCAUUGUUGGGAAGAGCAUGGGAGAGGCUGUGUGAUGAUAGUAGAGUGGGUGUUUGGAUUGCUGUUUCAGAGCCACCAAACAUCUGUUUGUGCUUUCCAAAGCAUGAAAUGGAGAAACAAGAACAAUGAUGGAUUGAAAAAAGAAAAACAGUUAUGUUCAAUGGAACUGUAACCCGAACACACCCAAAAUUGGCAGAUUGAGUUUGUUAAUAACAUCUGAUAGAUUGAUACCACAUGUAAUGGAUACUACCACAAGUGUCAUGGAAGAUUAUGAGCUUAUGUUUACCUUUUUGGCAGGGCUAGCACCUUAACUAGUGCAAGAAUCAGCUUCAUCCAAAGGUUCUACGGUGGUGCUGUACAUGAAGAGAAUUUUUUGUCAUCUGACUUAACAUUUGUAUUUAACAAUCAAUACAGUCGGGAACUGACUAGAGUAUAAGUCUGAAUGCAGCAUCAAGUGAAUUUUUUUCUUGUCUGGUUGGAGGGAUCGACAUGAUAAGGCUGCAUAA